UGUUUGAUUCCUGCAUUGCCAACGACGUGCCCACCACAGCCACCUACCGCCUCUAUUUCCGCCAGAUCUGCACAGAUCUACGCAAUCAAAUCUCUGACGCCUCCAUCCUGAUCUGCAAUUUCCGCGACGGCAGCAGCGGCUCCAGCCGAACGCUUUUCGCUGGAUCUUAUUUUCUGAAUUCUGAUGCCACGGUUCUUGAGUACCCUAGACAUUUCGAGGGCUGCCCGAUUCUUUCUCUCGAUCUGAUCGACCAUUUUCUUCAGUCCACCAAUAGCUGGCUCCAGCAGGAAUUUGACCUGCCCGGCCGCAAGUCAAAGCAGGAGAAAAGGCUUCUGGAAGAGGCUGAUGGGGGGACACCAGCAAAACAGCAGCAGCUGCAGCAAUUAGGGUUGGUUUCACCGGGCGGUAACGGGCAGCGGCGAAAGAACAUCGUCCUCUUGCACUGCGAGCGAGGCGGGUGGCCUCUCUUGGCGUUUAUGAUCGCCUCAUUCUUAGUCUUCCACAAAGAAUGGAACGGCGAGGAGGAGCGAGAUCUCUUACUGGGCAUCUACAAAGCGGCUCCUAGGGGUUUCCUCCAACUGCACUACCCCUUAAACCCUGUCCCCUCCCAGGCGAGAUACCUUCAGUACAUAGCCCACUGCGUCAGCUCUUUACCUCACGGGUUUAUCGAGAGGGAAAGCAAGGACAAGAAGGGGAAGGGGAAGGGAAAAGCGGGGGCGGAGGAGGGCAGCGAGUGGGGGAGCCAGGUGCUGGUACCGUCUUCUAGAGAGGGGUGUCUGAGAGCGAGCAGCAGCCGGAUGGUGACUCUAGACUGUGUGAUUAUGCGCGGUGUGCCACAGCUGGACGCGAGGGGUGGGUGCUGCCCUGUGAUCAGAGUGUUUGGGCGCGAUCCAGGCCUGCCAGAGAACCGAGACUCGGGGCUGCUGUUUCUGAGCGCGAGGCACGGCGUGAACCGAGCCAAGUACUACCUGCAGAGGGAGGCGGAGGUGGUGAAGAUGGAUGUGAUGGCGGUGGUGCAGGGUGACGUGGUGAUAGAGUGCGUGCAUGUGGACAUGGAGGGCGCGGGCAGCGAGCAGAUGGUGUGGCGAGUGGCGUUCAACACUUCCCAUGUGCGAUCCAACAUGCUCGUGCUGUCCCGAGACGACCUCGAUAUUCUCUGGAACGCACGGGAACGCUUCACACCGGAUUUUCGGGUGGAGAUCCUUCUGACGGACCGGGAGUCCAAGGUGCUGCCUCCCCCAGCUGCCACCUCCCUGGCUGCAGACGAUUUCGGCGGUCUACCUCUCGACUCCUUCCUCAAGCUCAAGGAGGCUUUCGAGGAUUCCAAUUGGUCGCAGGACGACAGCUCGCGCGCCCUAGAGGAGAUUCGCCACACCAUCUACUCUGCAGCCAGUACCAAGAGGAGAAACCGCCGCAGCGGAGGGUUGCGGGUUCGAACCCGGGUGCCGGCAGGUGGGAAGUGGGGCCCCGGAGGGGCGGGGUUCGCAGGGGAUAUGCUGGAUGAUAGCGAUUAUGCUUCGGAUUUAGACUCGGCGGAUACUUCCCCGACGUUUUCGAGUAUGUUGCAUUCGAGGGAUGGGAGUCCCUCGCCGUCUCGGCCGUUUGGGAGCGGUUUAGGGUUUGGGAUGUUUGGGUUUCCGGGCGGGAAGGUGAGGAGGAAGAUUGGGUCGGAGAUGGUGUUGCCGCCUGGGUUGUUGUUUGCGGAGCAGACUUAUACGGAGGAGGAGGGGUUGACACGGAGAGAGAAGGCGAAUGCGGGUGAUUUGAAGAUGCUUUGGUUGGAUUUGGCGAAUGGGCCGUCGUUGUAUUGGAAUGAGUGGGAUCCGGAGCUGAAUCCUAAGGGGUUGGAGAAGGGGGAGGAGGAGAAGAAGGAAGAGGAGAAGGAGAUGAAGGAAGAGAAGGAGGAGGAGAAGGAAGAGGAGAAGAAAGAAGAGAAGGAGGAGAAAAAGGAGGAGAAGAAGGAGGAGAAGAAGGAGGAGAAGAAGGAAGAGGAGAAGGAAGAGGAGGAUGAGGAAGAAAAGGCGGCUGCUGCAGCUGCUGCUGCUGCUGAGGCUGCAGCAGAGAGGAAAAAACAGGAGAAGCUGAGAAAGGCUGAAGAGAGGCGGAUGGAGGCUGAGAGGAGGAGGUUAGAGGAAGAGGAAGAGGAGAGGAGGGAGGAGGAGAGGCGGAGGCGCUCCUCCCCCUCCCCCUCCACCCCCUCCCCCACCCCCUCCCCCAGGUGGGGGCCCUCCCCCGCCCCCUCCUCCGCCUCCUCCCCCACCCCUUCCUCCAGGGGGGGGGCCUCCCCCUCCUCCCCCUCCUCCCCUUCCCCCAGGGGGGCGGGCCCCCCCGCCUCCUCCGCCUCCUCCCCCGCCUCCCCCGGGUGGGGGCCCUCCCCCGCCUCCUCCCCCACCUCCUCCCCCAAGUGGGGGACCUCCCCCUCCCCCUCCCCCUCCCCUUCCCCCGGGCAGGGGCCCUCCCCCGCCUCCCCCUCCACCUCCUCCCCCAGGCGGGGGCCCUCCCCCGCCUCCCCCCCCACCUCCUCCCCCAGGCGGGGGCCCUCCCCCUCCUCCCCCCCCCACCCCCUCCCCCAGGCGGGGGCCCUCCCCCGCCUCCCCCUCCCCCUGGCGGGCCCAGAGGACCUCCCCCUCCCCCUCCCCCUCCUGGUGGCGGUAGAGGGGGCAAGGGCGGACCACCUCCCCCUCCCCCGCCCCCAGGGGGAAAAGGCCCUCCAGGCCCCCCCCCCUCCCCCAGGGUUUAAGGGCCCCCCCCCUCCCCCCGGGUUCAAGGGGCCGCCCCCUCCCCCCGGGUUCAAGGGGAAGGGUCCCCCGGGGCCCCCUCCCCCCGGGGGGUUCAAGGGGGGGUUUGCAGCUGCUGCGCCCCCCCCCAAGAAGAAGACCCCCCUGAAGGCGUUUUUCUGGGGGAAGGUGACGCGAGUGGUGGAGGGGAACAUGUGGGCAGAGGUGCAGAAGGAAGAGCAGGUGGCUGCUACCCCCAAGUUAGACCUGGAGGCUCUAUACCCGGAGCUGGAGGAUCUGUUUUCUGCCGCCCCUCCCCCCAAGAAGAAAGACACAGGGCCCAAAAAGGAAGCCAAGCCGCAAGCGCUCACUCUUAUUGAUAUGAAGCGAGCCAACAAUUGUCAGAUUAUGCUUUCCAACAUGAAGCACCUCAAGUAUUCUGAGAUUGUGGACGCCAUUCUAGCGCUGGACAGCAAGGUGCUGGACGGGGAGAAGGUGGAUGCGCUGCUCAAGUUCUGCCCCGCCAAGGAAGAAGCGGAGAUGCUCAAGGGCUGUGGCAUGCCCCCGGAGAAGCUGGGCAAGUGCGAGCAAUUCUUUCUCGAGAUGCUGCGAGCGCCGCGUAUCGAAGCCAAACUGAAGAUCUUUGAGUUCAAGCUGUCGUACGACCAGCAGGUCAAGGACGUGCAACGCAAUCUGGAUCUCGUGCAUAAUGCGUGUAAGGAGGUCCGAGACUCCAAGAGACUGAGGCGGAUAAUGCAGACCAUUCUGUCGCUGGGGAAUGCCCUCAACCAGGGCACUGCCAGGGGCUCGGCUGUGGGGUUCAAGCUGGACAGUCUGCUGAAGCUCACGGACACCAAGACGCGCAACAACAAGAUGACUCUCAUGCACUAUCUGGCGAAGGUGCUCACUGAAAAGCUUCCCGAGCUCGCCUUGUUCUGGGAGGAGCUGCCGUCCCUUGAAGAUGCCCACAAGAUCCAAGUGAAGCAGCUGGGAGAGGAAAUGAGCCAGCUCAACAGCGGCACCACCAAGCUGGAGCGCGAAAUGGUGGCAUCAGAGAAGGACGGGCCUGUGUCUGAGAACUUCCGAGCGGCGCUGAAAGAGUUUGCAGAGGAAGCCACGUCAGGAGCCAAGAGGCUGGCUGCACUCUAUGCUGACGUGUCCAAGGCAACAGAUGGGCUCUCAAGAUACUUUGGAGAAGACCCAGCCAAGUGCCCCUUCGAACAAGGUGAGCUCUUUCACUCCUCCCUCCCUCCCUCCCUCCCUCCCUCCCUCCCUCCCUCCCUCCCUCCCUCCCUCCCUCCCUCCCUCCCUCCCUCCCUCCCUCCCUCCCUCCCUCCCUCCCUCCCUCCCUCCCUCCGUCCCUCCGUCCCUCCCUCCCUCCCUCCCUCCCUCCCUCCCUCCCUCCCUCCCUCCCUCCCUCCCUCCCUCCCUCCCUCCCUCCCUCCCUCCCUCCCUCCCUCCCUCCGUCCCUCCCUCCCUCCGUCCCUCCCUCCCUCCGUCCCUCCCUCCCUCCGUCCCUCCCUCCCUCCCUCCCUCCCUCCCUCCCUCCCUCCCUCCCUCCCUCCCUCCCUCCCUCCCUCCCUCCCUCCCUCCCUCCCUCCCUCCCUCCCUCCCUCCCUCCCUCCCUCCCUCCCUCCUGCCCUCUCCGUGUUCUAUCUUUCGUUCAAAAAGUCUCAAGACGAGAACAUAAAGAACGCGGAAGUGGAGAUAAAGCGGAUCGAGAAGGAGAAGAAGAAAGAGAUUGAGGACCAAAAGAAGAAGGCACUGGAGGAGAAAAAGGCAGCUGAGAAGGCGGCGAAAGCAGCAAAGGAGAAAGCAGCACAGGAGGCGAAAGAAGCAAAGGAGAAGGAAGGGGGAGGGGGGGGAGGGGAGGAGGGAGCGGAGGGGGGAGAGGAUGGGAAGAAGGAUGGGGAGAAGGAUGGGGAGAAGGAUGGGGAGAAGGAAGGAGAGGGGAAGGAGGAGAAGAAGAAGGGGCCGGUUAAUAUGCUGGCUGCUAUUAAGAAGCGCCACGUGGCAAAUGAUAAUGAUGAUGAUGAGGAUGAGAAGAAGGAUGAGAAGGAGGAGAAGAAGGAUGAGAAAAAGGACGGUGGAGAUGCAAAGAAGGAUGAGAAAAAGGACGGUGGAGAUGCAAAGAAGGAUGAGAAAAAGGACGGUGGAGAUGCAAAGAAGGAUGAAAAGAAGAGUGGUGAGGGGAAGGAGGGAGCGAAGGAGGGAGGGAAGGAGGAGGCAGGGAAGGAAUCGGAGGUGAGUGAGGUGGAAUCAAGUAGUGAUGACGACGAUAGUGACAGUGAGGAGGACGAGGAGGAGGGGACAGGAGACAAGCCAGCAGACGGGGCAGCGGCAGCAGCAGGGGCAUCGGGUGCAGCAGCGGCAGCAGGUGGUGCAAAGGAGGGAGACGCAGCAGCAGCAGGGGCGGCAGCAGGGGAGGAAGGGGCGAAGGAGGGUGGAAAGAAAAAAAUGGUAAAGAAAGUGGUGAAGAAAGUCAUUAAGAAAAAGAAAGCUGCCGAAGGGGAAGGGCCGGCUGAAGGGGAGGCGGGUGAGGGAAAGAAAAAGAAGGUGGUGAAGAAAAAAGUGGUCAAGAAGAAGGAUGGGGCUGCAGGAGAGGGUGCGGAUGGGGCAGAGGGAGGUGGGGAGAAGAAGACUGUAAAGAAGAAAGUUGUCAAGAAAAAGGUAGCAGCCGAUGCGUCUGCUUGA